GCGAGCCGCCCGGCGAGCCGCCACACCAGGGCCCAUCCUUCACGAAGGCCCUGCUCUUCAAGAUGGACCCGACCGAGACGGAGCUCCAGGCGAUCACGGACCUCGCCGGCGUCUACACAUGGGCCGGGGUCAGCGGAGCCCUAGAGAAAGCCUUGCAGGCAGCGCUGGGCGACCCGGCUCGCGUACGAGAGCUAGCCCUCGUCCCGCGAACAGCUUGGGAUGAGAUGGUGCAGGGCUUGAAGGUGCGAGGCCCGGACGCACCGGAUGGAUCCCCGGGUCCUCUUCGCGACCCCACUCUGGUCGAGAAGGCCCGGCUGGAGUCUACAAGGCGAGUGGCCCUUUUACGGAUGGGGGUCGCGCCUGAUGCGCCUGGUGGAGCGGGGCCACCUACAGCUUCCCCCGCGGCAGGGCCAGGACCGAGCUCGGGCACGCCGGUCCCGGGCGCAAGGAGGCUCAAGCUUUCGUCGGUGCUGGACCCGACCCUGGAUGCCGACGUCACCCCUAUGGGCACCGCGGAGCUGCAGAAGCUGUACACGGACUACCGGGCCAAGUACGGCGACUUCCCCAGCCCAGAUGCAGAUCCAUCCUCGGAUCAGCUCGCUUCCCUGAAGCAGGUGAUCACGGCGGGGUCGGCGCCCUAUGCCGACUUCUCGCUGUUUGGUCCGCAUGGGUUGCGCUUGCUGAGGAAGCAGACCUUCACCUCGUAUACCCUUAACGUGGCGACAGGUGAGUGGUCAAAGAAGGAGCAGCCCGGUCCCGGUUCGUACCACGCAUGGGUGGAGGCCUGGAAGGUCUUUCGGACCGCCCUCUUGCUGCUCGAGGUGGCCGACGCGGAGAGACUGGAUGCCUACUCCGAGCACGUGCGGUCCUUUGUCACCCAGUUCUCCGACAACUGCUGGUGGCUCAUAUAUAGGGCCGAGAACCGCCUCCGCUGCGAGCACCUCGAACGCCUCAGGAGAACGCUGGCCGACAAGCCCGAGUAUGGGUACACUCAGGCCCGCCCGUGGAAUGCAGCCUUCGCCGCCGCCAUCAAGGACAGUGACUACUGGACCCGAGAGCUGGUAACUCCAGCCACCCUUUGGCUGUCCCAGCACCGUGCAAGCAGCAGCGGGGGUCCUGAGGGCGGCGGCGGGCUGCCUGUCGCAGCUCCUCGUCGGCCGGCCGGGGGAGCAGGCGACGAAGGUGCCACGCCGAAGAAGAAGCAGAAGGCCCAGCGCCGCUACGAGGGCGAAGACCAUAGUGUCUCCAAAGAUGGUGUGUAUACCAUCAACAGGCGUGGCACUCGGAUCUGCGAUGGUUACAACAGGGGGAAAUGUGGCACGCGGAAACCGCAGGGGAAAUGCCCACAGAAGCACAGUCACCAAUGCAACCGCUGCCUAGGAUCGGAAGGCCCGAGUCCACCUGGGACUUCGCACGGCGGCCGCUAUGCCAAACCCACACCCAAGGUUAAGGCAUCACCGCCCGACGCAAACCAAGCCUUGGUUGACAACACGGCCCAGUCCAAGGCAGCGGGCGCUCCACCGGCCGAGGGUGGCACCGCAGACCAGGACGACGGCCUCGCACAGCCAGCGCACAAGCCACCGACUCCACCGCGACCAAGGCCAGCGCUGAAGCGGAAGCGGCCAGGAGCCCCCGAGCCAGCCAACCCGCCGACAGCGGUGCCGGAGCCAGCAAAUCCGCCUAAGAAGAAGGCGGCCCGGGCGCCGGGGGGAAAGGGUGCCACAACCAAGAGUUUGGCCGGAGUGCCGCCGGCAGCUUCCACGUGGCCUAGCUACGAGCCGCUGAGCCGGGGCCCGCGUCCCUACGGGUCUUGGUUCGAGAAGCCGUCCACCACACUCAAGGUGCGGCCCUGGGCUCUGGUUAUGUUCAGCGGGAGAAGGAGGCCGGGAGACCUCGCGAGCUGGCUGGUCCACUACGGCUUCUGCGUGUGCUGCAUUGAUAAGGUUGCAGACACCCCUUGCGAUGUGUUGGACGAGGCCCAGUGGAACCCGGUGGAGAAGGACGUCGUCGACGGCAACUUUGCGGUCUUGUGGGCCGGGACGCCCUGCGGCACCUUCAGCCCCCUUCGAGAAGUUCGACCGGGACCACGCCCACUCCGGACCACCGACGAGAUCGAGGGGAGGACCGGGUUGAGCCCAAGAGAGAAGGAGGAGGUCAAGACGGCCAACGUCCUCGUCGAGCGCUCCUUCGACGUGCUUUCGUCGGCCUGGGAUCGCCACCUUACCUGGGCCAUCGAGAAUCCGACCCACGGCGAGAACAGGCCCGAGCUUUGGCAAAUGCCUCUCAUGCGCCAGCUUGCCCAGCUGGAUCGCAUAGCCACGGCCAAGUUCGAUCAGUGCCGGUUGGGGCUCGGAACCGUGAAGCCGACCAAGGUCAUGUACAGCGCUCACGCCACCGGCUUUGGCGAGCUCAAUGGCCUCCGUUGCAACCACGGCCGAGGAGCUCAUGGCAGCGCCGCCGGGCAAAGGGAGCAGGGGCCGGAGGGCAGCCAAUGGGCCUCCAAGAGCCAAGGCGAAUACACGCCCCACUUCUCCCAGGUCAUCGCGCACUCCCUUUUCCAGGGCUACCGGCAACGGGCACUUCGGGCCAAGACUCCGCGCACUGUGAGGGAGGAGGAGAACGCACGGGCCCUGGGAGGAAUGCGCAACCCUCGCCGCUCACUUGGUCGGCUCCCGUCGUCAAGGAAAGCGGGCCGGGCAAUUCACAAACUCCUUCGAGAUUGCCUGCGCAAGUGGCCAGCCCUUUGCGAGCCAGCCACAGCUAUUCUGAAAGGCGAGGAGCCGGGCGAGUUCGACCCGAAGGUCAUCGCGAGCAUCCGCUCCGCCGUCCUGACCACUCUGGGCGCCGACAAAGCAAAGGCCCGAGUCAGAACCGCCCCCGCCAAGACGCCACUUCGGGCCGAGGUCAUUGAGGCCUGGGGCGAGGCGACUGAUGACCCGGACUCGGCCACCCUUGCCGGCUGGUUAGACCACGGAGCUCCGCUGGGAAUUGCCGAGAGCAUCCCUUGCACUGGAGUCUUUCCGAAGGUCGAGCCCAUCGGGGUGACAGAGCCUGAGGAGCUCGACCGCCGGGCCCUAGAGGGCUGGGUCAACUAUAAGAGCGCAGAAGAGGAGGCCGACAUCCUUGCGGAGCUCAUCGAAGACUAUGAGGCCAGAGGCUUUUGCCAGGUGGUCCGCUCCGAGGAGGAGGCCACCCGCAUCCUUGGGGGGAAGCCGGUCCUCAACAAACUGGGCGUCCUUGUCAAGGAGAAGGUGGACGCCCGCGGCCGAAAGGUCAAGAAGGCCAGGGUUAUCUGGGACCUCCGCGAGUCCUCGGUGAACAGGGCGUGCCACCAAGGGGAGAGGAUCCUGCUGCCUCGGCUGCUGGAUGUCGUGGCUUCCCUCCUCGCGGCCUAUCGCAGGGGGAGGGCUCCUUUCAUGGCGUGCGUGGACAUACGCGAUGCCUUUAUGAACAUCCCGGCCGGCCGGGAUCGGCGCUUUACGGCCGCGGCCAUCCCGAGGAAGCGGAACAGGGGCAAGCUUCCACAGAUCGUCCUCUUCAACACCCUCGUCUUCGGGUCAGCUUCCUCGCCGACAGUUUGGGGUCGGGCGGCAGCUUGGUUGGGCCGCACCACCACAGCCACGAGCACCUCAGAUGUGCAAAUCUACGUCGACGACCCCAUGUACGUUCUGGACGGCCCCGAGCUGGAGACAGCCGCCGGCGACCUCACGGUGGUCCUCCUGUGGACCGCGGUGGCUGGUUAUCCAGUCAAGCUGGCAAAGGCGCUCCUCCGCGACACCAACAAGUUCCUGGGCAAGCCGGUGGUUGGGUGCCGCGAGCUUCGGUCCUACACCGGCUCGUUGUCGUUUGUGGCCGGGCUGGUGCCACACUUGCGGCCCUUUCUUGCUUCGUUCUGGGCUGCCCUGACGAGACAUGGGUCAACGAAUGAGGGUCGACCUUUGAAGCAGGCCCGAAAGUUGAUUCAUGUUCGUCGGAUCGGCCCGGCGUUGCGAUGGGUAAGGGCCUUGCUCAGCAGUGGCAAAACCAUUGAGCGGGUCUUCUACGCAUGCCCACCGACGAGCUCGCUGGAGAUCGUGACGGACGCGUCACCAUGGGGCAUGGGCGCUGUGUGCCGGGAGGCCGGCCGACCUACAGCCUACUUCUUCACCCACAUCCCGGACAGCGUCCUCAGCCGCUUCAAGGCCGAGCGAGGGAUACCCAAGUACAACACGCUGUGGGAAGGGCUGGCGCUCCUCGCGGCCUUCCGGCUGUGGUUGCCCUUGCUUGCACAUGGUGCCACCUUCCGGGCCAAGUCGGACAACCUGGGCGUCCUCUACGCCUUGGCCAAGGGAAGGGCGAAGUCUCCCGAGCUCAACGUCCUCGCCAGGGAGUUUGCCUACGACGAGGCCACCCGAGCCUACCAGGUCAAGGGGCUGGUGCACAUCCCUGGCGUUACAAACGUGCAAGCGGACGCGCUGUCGCGUCAAUUCGCUCCCGAAGCGAAAAGCUUCCCGAAGGAGCUCCUUGAAGUACCUCGAGAUGAGGUCAACUUCGGCAACGACUUUUGGAAAGU